AUGUGAUCGUCCCCUAAAACAGAGGCCAUGAUGACACAAGAGUGUACAGUGAUGGAUGCCUUAUAGCUAGCUAUUUGAUAAACCAGAGACUACACCCUCGCCAAGCAGCUGCCUCUCUUCCAGCAGAGGGUACCAAGGAACACUCAGGGUAGUUUGAAGUUCACGACGAAUGCCCCGCCCAAUCUCCCCGUUCCCCCGCUCUACCCGGGGGAGGAGGUGCAGCUGCAGGAGCAUCGGGUGGUGUGUACAGAGACUUUUAAUGAACCGGCCGUGGGUGCUCUCUACGUCACUAACUUCAGAGUCAUCUUUUGUGGGAACCUCAUUUCAGAUCCCGAGAGCCUGGACUCCUUGCAGAGUGCUAACUACUCGGGCAAAUCGAAGGAUUUUAGCACAGCACUGGGAGGAGAGACUGCAACCACUAUCUCCUCUAAAAUUAAGGACAAGUUUACCCGCAAACCAGAGCCCAACUUCACCUCAUUUCUCUACGCAGACAAUCCUGAUGGGGAGGUGGUGGAGAAAGACCACUCAAAAAAUAAGUUCAAGAUGAAUAGCAUAAGACGAACCAUUGGUUCUCUUCGUCGCUCAUCACCUAGAAGUCGACUGAAGACGGCCACCCUCCCACCACCGUCACACCCACCACCUCUACUGGACACCACCCUCAUUAUAAACCCAGUGACCUCUGAUGACCUACUAAAACGGAGGGGAGUUAAUUUCGACCCGGAGACUGCCAGCCAAGACUCGAGUUCGUUGUCAGAGUUUUCCUCCACUACCGGUACAGACGAACGAAGCGUCCAAUCGCCGUUGAGAGAAUUCGGCGAAGGGCCCUCCACCCCGAUCGAUAUAAAUAUAAAUGGCACUUUGCUUAGUGACACUCAAAUCAGUCCCACUUUAAUCCCCGAUUCUGGCUAUAAAGGGGACGGUUCCUUAGAUGUUACCAUGGACUCCAGUAAGUACCAACUUCUCGACAGUGGUGUUAACUUGAUGGAGGAUCGUGGAAACACCUCUGAACUCACUGGAGAUCUCUCUUCAAUUGACGAUCAUUCACCCAUGGCUAAAGUAGAUUUAAAGAAGAGAGCUGAAUUACGUAAACGUUUCAAGAAAGCCAAGUCCGUUGAUACCUCAAACAAAACACGCAAAACCUCUUUACAAAAGUCACUGACUGUGGACGUUCUUGACAACAAAUCACGGAAAGGAUCACGAAGAUUUUGGGAAAACUCGUUAGUUUUGAUUGAGUCUGAUUCUGAUUCAGACGAUUCCCUAGGUCUCCAUUCCAGUACCAGUCCUCCACCACAAACUACCAAAUCCAGUUGCUACAGCCAGAUAGACGAGCCAGUCAUCACUUCUGGGUACUCUAAGAUCGAAGUGCUCGGUCCUAGGAACUCAAGCAAGCAAGAACAUUUGGAACACUCUAGCAAAGAUUCGAAUCAUCAUUUUGGUGAUGCCAUUUAUUCAGAACCGUGUUUGGGCGCAGAAUCAACUAAAGACAGCCUCCAAACUCUGGACACUGAUACCAGACCGUACGCAAACAUGGAGAUUGCACGAGUAACUGAGACACAGAAGACAAUCCAUGAUGCAGCUGCUCGAGCAAGAAGCAAGUCAUCUAGUCCUAGGGUUCCCAAGAAACCGAAGCCGUUGCCACGGAUACUGUUACAGCAAGAGGAUGGGGGAAGGAGUGAACUGGUGACCAGUCUGCCCACUGACUUUAGACAUCACCCUUUUGGCAAAGUGCAGCACCCUAAACAACCCCCUCUUUUGUCCCCUCCCCCUGAAGAGUCCACACCUCCCUCAUCGUCUGAUACCACCCAGAGCUCACCGGAACAUCCAGGGGAUUCCCCACCAGCAAUGGGAAAUUCCCUUGCUGAGCCUGCAGUAAACCAACGCGGAGACUCUCCCACUCCUGUACCACCUCCGAGGAGGAAACGAAAAACAACAAGACGAUUGAAAUCCGAGCCCCAAAAUUUACCCCUACUCUCCCCGCCUAUUAGGGUGAACGGGUCACAUGACCGAGUGGUUACAUCACAUGACAUACCAAACAAAGCAGGACACAACGGAACACGCAAGAGCCUUGAUGAUGACUUUGUAGAUCUACAGGAUCCUUUUCUAGAGGAUGUUCUCUUGAGAGACAACUUCGAUACUGAGACUCUGACCUCACGUACGUCCAUGACUGCACUGCCCUCCUCACGACCCCACUCAGUGGUCACUCCCAGUGCCUACCAGAACACCGACUUUGCCUUCACUGCGGAGGAUAGAGGAUCAGUGGCGUACAGGUCCUUGCCUCCUCCUCGCUCUCUGCCAACCACCUGGUCACCACGCUCGGAGCUGAUAAGCAAGAAGAAGAAGCAAGCCAUCACCGCUUCUAGUACCCGCUAUACCCUGAGUGUGGCGUUCCCUCUCUAUUCGAUCCACUCGGUGACUAAGUUGCAGUCCGUACAUCUCAAGGAGCAAGGACUCAAACUUCCCGAGGGACUUCUCAUCCUCUGUCGUACCUCCCACUCCCUCAAGCUGCACGUACAUCCUCACAAUACCUAUGACGCUGAGUCCCUCCGAGAGCUGCUAGAGAGAACCUUCGUCCUAUCCAAGCCCCUAACAGAGCUGUUUGCAUUCCAGUACUACGCUGCCAUUCACCAUCCCAACCCCACCUUCAUUGGUAACAGGAGCAUACCCAGUAUAUUCAAACUGCCUGGUGAAAUGGAAAGACUGGGUCUGAUUGGCUCUAAGCUGUGGAGAGUUGCUAGGAUACUCAAUGACCACCCGGAUCUCUGUCCCACCUACCCCCCACAUGUAAUCAUGCCCAUCUGUACUCCGGACAUGGACAUAAUUAGAGGGGCAUCCCUGUACAAGGAGGGGAGGUUCCCCACGCUCACCUGGCUCCACCCAUCUGGUACUGCCCUACUACGUGCAGCCACCACCAAGGAUGAACGGGGUCAAGGCAGUAGUAACUUUCAGAUCGAUGAAGCUCUUCUGAAGGCCAUCUGUGCUUGUUCCUCGGGCUCAAAGGGACCGGCCACACUGUUUGUCUUCACAGAGAAAGGUGUCAGUGACAACAAGCACUCGUCCCUAGCACUCAAGCCGGAGGAAGUCAGAUCUUAUUACUACCAUAACUGCAAGUUCGUCUACUCUGAAGCUCCACCCACUUACAAGAGUGUGCGACACAGCUUCAACAAACUACAGGCCCUGCUGGAGAGCAAGCUGCCUGACGAGGACUACCUGCUGGCAUUGGACUCGACUAAAUGGCUGCAACGCGUGGGCGAGCUGCUCUCCAUCACUAACUCUGUCGUCAACGCUCUCACAAAGCACAGAGCUCACGUGCUGGUGGCCUUCGAUUGUGGCUGGGAUAGAACUACACAGGUGGUGAGUCUGGCACAACUACUAGUCGACCCCUUCUUUCGAACAAUGAACGGAUUUCAGAUUCUAGUCCAGAAGGAGUGGGUGUGGUUUGGCCACCCAUUUCGUGGAAGACACUCCUAUCAGGGCAAGACGAAGAUCAAGAGCGAUGGUCCCAUCUUCUUACAGUGGCUGGACGCUGUUUGGCAGGUGAUGAGACAAUGCCCGUCUGCCUUCGAGUUUAAUGACAAGUUUCUCAUGUGCCUAGCGGAAGAGUCAUACUCUGGUCGUUUUGGUACCUUCAUGACCGACUGUGAGAAUAUGAGAAAACAGUCUUUUACGGAGAAGGGUUAUGAGCACAUGAGUGUCUCCACACACACCGUCUCCUAUUGGACUUGGGUUGCCAUGGUGAACUCUGUAGGAACGACCUUCUACAAUGACCUCUAUGACCCUGCCCUAUAUCCAAGUGUGAUUGUCCCGUCACAUUCGCUCCCUCGGCUCCGGCUGUGGACCACGUACUACUGCAGAUACAAGACUCAGGAUAGGGUACAUCAACCAAGUGUAUUGCUGAAGCAGUUGGAAGUGUUACUGGGCACAUACAAGAAACUGGAAUCUCAGCGAGUGAGUUUGGAGCCCUCUGGCUAUUCUCCUCGGUUCAACGAGGAAGGGAAUGUCCCCCCUCCACUCAUGCCAAGAGAUGAGUUAUUUGAUCAGUCGCUAAAGGAUCACUACAGUCCCCCUCUAGUGAGGUCUAAGCCCACCCCCCCACCCAAGCCUGCAACGAACAAGCCGCCUAGAUUCCACAGCAUUGAGCAGUACCUACAAAAAGAAGGUCUUGAUUCCUCAUUGUGUAAACAAGUUGAACUACGACAGACCAUUUGCCAAGGAAACCUCGUUAAGAUAGGUGGUGUGCGUAAAAACUGGCUUCAGAGAUGGUUUGUGCUGGACUUUGACUGCCAGUAUCUAGCUUACUUCGAGAACAAAGCUUCGUAUGAGAAUCGUGAAGUCCCCAAAGGGGUGAUUCGUCUCACUGAUAUCACUAAAGUGUACCAGAACGUCAAGAAAAAAGACCACCUCAUGAGAAACAUUAUUACCAUAGAAACUAGCCUAAGGACGUAUUUAGUUCAGGCUCCAUCGAUAUCCACCAUGUACAUAUGGCAAACUUGCUUGUCAAUGCCACCUGACUCAUUUGGCGAUAGAACAAACUAAAAUUGUGAUAUUUACUAUUUAUUUAACGUCAAACUUUUACAGGUCUAGACUGUAUCUUUUUAUGUUUGAGUGUCGAUUUUUUCAUGAAUCAAGUUCUUAAUAUUAUAUAGCUCUGUGUCUAAAUUCAGUCAUGUCUCUUAAUUAUUAUUUUGAUGUAUAACACCUUUUACAAAAACCAUAUUCUCUUG